CUAUAACAGUUUAUUAUACUUUUACAGGCGUGGCUAUAAGAAAUUGUUAAUUUUAAUAAUUUUGAAUAGAAAAUAAUUAUACUCUAUUAUUAUUACGUAUAAAUAAAUAAACAUUGUAGGCUAAUAUACCAAAUGUGUUACAAAUACAUCAUUAAGUUAACGCUGUCUAGAUCUUCUUUUUAAUCGGUAUUCUCUGUACUCCUAUUUUUGAUAAACAAACAGUUUGCUGUUUAUUUCAAAAUGUAUGGAAGAAAGACGCCAUCCACUUAUCGCUCCACGCCGUCAGUAUACUCUCAUUAUACCGGAAAAUCAACAUCAAACUUGCGAUCAACAAAAUCUGUAAGAUCCCUGCGAGUACCUUGGUACCAGAAGCCCAUACUACAUGAUGCAUUUGUUCUUGAUCUACAGAGGGGCUCACUGCUCACUGGAUUCAUUUCUCUUUUCAUAGCCCUGUUCACAUUUGCACAAAGUAUAUUUGACCUGUACUGCUUGGGCAUGGCAUCUCCAGGCGCCGUACACUAUGGUUACUAUGUUCUUAGUUUCCAGUUUGUGUAUGUUGGUAGUGCACCAGUCCGCAAUGUACUUAUUGUAUUUGCACUAUUUUCUUGGAUUGGAUCUGUUGCUGUACUCAUAACUAGCAUUAUUCUCAUUAAUGCUUUAAGAAAGGAACAUGAGAAACGUAUAGUACCCUGGCUGUAUACAUUUGGAGUAUUCAUAUUAUUCAGGACUGUGGCAUUCAUAUUCGCCUCAAUAGUGAAUGAUAUGAUUUUUGCAUACAACAUCCUGAUGUGCCUUUGUUGGAUCGUCUUUUGCGUGUGUGGUGUCUAUGGAUGGGUGUUGGUGUACAGUCUGUAUUUGGAGCUGGCGGAUUUGACCAAAUUGGAGGACUUGGCUCAUUUGAGGAUGGGCACAAUGGCGUCUCUCAACGCAUCCCUCGCUGGUUCGCGCCCCACUACCCCCCACAGCACAGUGUCGACAAUGCCAGCAUCUCAGAUAUGAUAUGAGAAAAAGAAAGACGAUAUAACCGCGACUCCACAGCCUGAGAAUAUUCGAGAACUGGACAGCGCGGAUGAAGCCACUCCACUAUCUAUUGAAGGUAGUCUGGAAACGCCUGUUUAGACAAUAAAUAUAAUAAUUAAGGGCGCAUACAUAAGACUGGCAACAUUUACAUUGUCUGUCAAUUAAAAAGAAAUUAAGUAGUUCAAAUUUUUGAAAUAUUUAUUGAAGACUCUGUGGUGUAGUGUUGAAGGUUCUAUAGAUACAGAAGAAAGUAACACUAU